UGGGGCUGACUGUGGCAGUGAUUUUCUUUUUAUUUUACGCGACGUUAAACCUGCCAAUUCUUUCCGAAUAUGAAUUUCGCUAAAAAAGUCAUAAUAGUAACCGGUGCAAGCAGUGGAAUAGGAGCUGAUGCUGCUAAGCAUUUCGCUAGGUUGGGAGGAAAAGUGUGUCUUGUCGCUCGAAAUGAGAAACUGCUCAAAAGUGUGGCCGAAGAAAUUCAACAAUCUGGUUCGUUGGAGCGGCCGUUAGUAAUCCCAGCUGAUGUUACCAAAGACGGGGAACGAAUAAUAGGCGAAACAGUAAACCAUUUCGGAAAAUUAGAUGUGUUGAUAAACAAUGCAGGAAUCUACCAAGUCAAUAGCAUGAAAAACUUCAGCAUCUCUCAUUUGGAUAACGUUUUCAACACUAACUUAAGAUCGGUCGCAAUAUUAACGAGUUUGGCUGUACCACACCUGGAAAAAACGAAAGGAAACAUUGUGAAUGUCUCAAGUAUUGCUGGACUGAAAGCGUUUACAGGAAAUUUAAGUUAUUGUGUAUCUAAGGCAGCACUAGACCAAUUUACAAAAUGUGUUGCCCUUGACUUAGCGCCAAUGGGAAUUCGUGUGAACUCGAUAAACCCAGCGAUGAUACGAACGCCAAUCUUAGAAAAAGCUGGAAUGAGUGCCGUAGAAGCAGCGAAAACGUUUGAAGCAGGUAAAACUAUGCACCCAAUUGGACGGAUUGGUGAGCCAGCAGACACAUCUGAAGCAAUUGCGUAUCUAGCAAGCGAUUCGGCGUCGUUUAUUACUGGUGUUUUGCUUCCCGUUGAUGGGGGAUAUGCCGCAAAAUAAAGAUUUUUUUGUUGUGGUCGU